AUGCCCAAAUGCAUCUUCAGCAUGCAUGCCCAUGUGAAAGCUCUACAAAACAAAUUAGGGAGCAUGUUCUUGGACAGAAAGAAAUGGGCAAAAAUGAAGCUAGAAGAGACGCUCAACAAGAGUCUUCCUGCAGCAUGUCAGGCUCUGUUCCUUCCUGACAUGGACUUUGUCUUUAGUACUGAGCAUUACAUGUGUCUGGCAUUAUUGGAACAUGCCAGGCAGACACUUGAUGACCCAGACAGACCAGGGAUGCCAGCAGAGGUGGUUGACAAGCGCUUUUGGUACUGGGUUGAUCAGUGCCUGCAAAACACUGAGGAUCAAUUGAAAACAAAAUCAGCCAUUUCCAAGCAAGGAGCUGAGAAGAAUUUACAAGGAAGAUUGUGUGGAUCAUCCUGCAGACAACAUGGUCCAGACCAACACGGAAGGCACACAGAAGCAAGUCUGGCAGCUGGAUACAGAGAUGAUCAUGGGGCUAUGGGCUUCGAUAGGACCUGGAGGAUUGCGGGGGGGUUCUGGGAUGCGCCUGGAUCCUUGUGCUAUUCUGGGGGAAGCCGUGGGUGCAUGCAGGGGAAUACCGGUUGGGAGGCCGGCGUCGUUACGCGCGGGAAAUCGGCCGACAUGCGGCCGAAGCCGGGGUGGCCUUGUAAGGUUCUUCAGUCUGGGAGGUCGUCGGCGUUUGCCCGAAUUCAGACCCUUGCCGGCCGAUGA